CCCAACAUUCCCAACCAACGCGGCUCUGAGACCAGUCUGCAGGGGGGAACACACAGCCAUAACGGGUACCUCCCCAACAUUCCCAACCAACGCGGCUCUGAGACCAGUCUGCAGGGGGGAACACACAGCCAUAACGGGUACCUCCCCAACAUUCCCAACCAACGCAGCUCUGAGACCAGUCUGCAGGGGGGAACACACAGCCAUAACGGGUACCUCCCCAACAUUCCCAACCAACGCAGCUCUGAGACCAGUCUGCAGGGGGGAACACACAGCCAUAACGGGUACCUCCCCAACAUUCCCAACCAACGCAGCUCUGAGACCAGUCUGCAGGGGGGAACACACAGCCAUAACGGGUACCUCCCCAACAUUCCCAACCAACGCAGCUCUGAGACCAGUCUGCAGGGGGGAACACACAGCCAUAACGGGUACCUCCCCAACAUUCCGAAACCAACGCGGCUCCACAUACUCGUCCCUCUAUUGAUUUGAAUGUGUUGACAGUUGGAGAAAUAGCUUGAGCCGCAUUGAGAAUUAGAAAAAGGUUGAGUAACCUGCUGUAACAGACAUGCCCAAACCUGAUCUACUGUGUUUGGUUCAACUACUGGACAACACUAUCCAGACCUUUACAGUCAACAAGCAGGAUGCAGGUGAGGUUUUACUGGAGCAGGUGUGUAACCAGCUGGGUCUGCUGGAGAGACACUUCUUCAGUCUGCAGCUACGAGACUCCAACACCACCAUCGUCACUCAAACACACUCUCCUAGGUGGCUGGAGGCCAACAAACCACUGAAGAAGCAGCUGAAAGGAGUUGUCUCUCCAUUCUACCUGACCCUCCGAGUCCGAUUCUUCAUCUCAGACCCCAACUCUCUACAGCAUGACCAGACCAGACAUAUGUACUUCCUCCAGAUCAGGAGUGACAUCAGAGAGGGCAGGUUGAAGUGUCCUCUGAGUGCAGCUGUAGUACUGGCUUCCUAUGCUGUGCAGUCUGAGCUAGGUGACUACUCCCCAGACCUUCUCCCUGGUUACCUGUCCAAAAGCCACUUCCUCCCGGAGCAGGAUGAUGACUUCCUGUCUAGAGUGGAGGCUCUGUACCCAGGGCACAGGGGGCUGAAGCAGAGUGAGGCAGAGCUGUGUUUUCUCAACACAGCAAGAACUCUGGAGAUGUAUGGAGUGGAGCUACACACUGCCAUGGUAAGACUCCGACAGUUCCCCCUAUUGGUGGGAUUGGCCUCAGGGGGCGUGGCUAUCUUCUGUAACAUGAUUUGCUCCAGUUUCUUCCCCUGGGUGAACAUCAUCAAGAUAUCCUUCAAGAGGAAACGCUUCCUUAUGCAGCUCAGACGCAAACAUGGGGAGACGCAGGACUGUGUGGUGAGCCUGGUCCUGCCGUGCCCCAGGGCCUGUAAGAACCUGUGGAGGUCAUGUGUGGACCAUCACUGCUUCUUCUACACCAACAUGGCAACCUGUAGCCCACACCACACCAACCUGGCAACCCAGAUACACAACAAGCUGCUCCCACAACACUGGGCCUUGGGCAGCACUAAAACAGACAGUGGUCCAGUGUGUAAGAAAGUGAUGGGUGGGAUGGAGUGGAACCCAGCUCUGAGGGGAUCCACCUCGUCAGAACACAUGGAGACCAAGAGCCUACCGUCCCGAUCCCCCCCGCUCACACCCAACUGGCGGAGUCCUCGUGUGCGUCAUGGUGCCCGUAAACCCCGCCCCUCCUCAGUGGAGCUGAACAAUGACCUGCGAGAUGUGUCGGAGGGGGAGGAUGUCUUUUACACCUACAGGGUCUCCCUCAGCAGCAGCAGGGGCAGCCACGAGGGCACGCCUACACACAGUUUUUCUGGCACUCACAGCCAAGGAGGUGGAUGGUCGCAGGUUGAUGACAUCAGCACAGGAGAGGAAGACAUUAAGGCCACCUCUCACUACCGGGACAAGCGUGCUCUUGGUGAUGGCGAUCUGCUAUUGGUGCGUCUCGCUCCUGAUCACGAUGGAAAGUUUGGUUUCAAUGUCAAAGGUGGCGUGGACCAGAAGAUGUCCCUGGCCAUAUCCCAGGUCAACCCUGACUCCCCUGCGGGGCGGGUUGAGCCAAGGUUGUUGGAAGGUGACCAGGUCGUGCUGAUCAACGGUCGCGACAUCUCUGAACACACGCAUGACCAGGUGGUCAUGUUUAUAAGAGCCAGCAGAGAGUCCCACUCCAGAGAACUGGCUCUGCUUAUACGACGCAAAGGUCCAGGGCGUGUGGCCCCCCUGCUGCAGUUUCCCUCUGCCCUGUCUCUGACUGGCCAAUCACACGGUGAUCCACUGCUUCUGCCUGGCCAAUCAGAACAAGGCCAGACACUUGAAGAGUCCAUGAAACAACUGGAGAGGGGAAUCCAGACAGGCACUCUCACCUUCCACUUCGAGAACCUGUACAUGAGGAAGCCUGGCCUGUCAGUAGCCUGCGCUCGUCUCCCUGAGAACACAGACAAGAACAGAUACAAGGACGUGCUGCCCUAUGACAUCUCCAGAGUGGUACUUCAGGACCAAGAGGACUACAUCAAUGCAAGCCACAUCACGGUGAUGCCCCCAGGGUCUGGUGUGUGUCUGCGGUACAUUGCAGCUCAAGGACCGCUGCCUCAGACCUGCACUCACUUCUGGCAGAGUGUGUGGGAGCAUCACACACACACCAUCAUCAUGCUCACCACACUCACCGAGAGAGGACGGACUAAGUGCCACCAGUACUGGCCACACCCUCCUGAAGUGAGGGAUUAUGGGUACCUGAGGGUCAGCUGCCACUCUGAGGAAUGCAACCUGGCCUACGUCACACGCCAAUUCACCCUCACACACACACAGCUGGGAGAGGAGCGUUCUGUGACCCACCUGCAGUAUGUAGCAUGGCCAGACCAUGGUGUACCUGAUGACCCCUCAGACUUCCUGCUGUUCAUCACCUCUGUAAGAGAGAGGAGGACAGGAGACACACCACUUAUGGUGCACUGCAGCGCAGGGAUUGGGCGUACAGGUGUUCUCAUUACCAUGGAGACGGCGUUGUCGCUGUUGGAGAGCGGUCGACCUGUGUUCCCUCUGGACAUCAUCAGGACGCUCCGAGACCAGAGGGCCAUGAUGAUCCAGACCACGUGUCAGUUCCGGUUUAUGUGUGAGGCCAUCCUGCGUGUCUACAGAGAGAGAGAAGAGAGUAUUCUGCAACACCACCCUCAGCACUGCUAAUGGACCAUUAACAGGAGGUUGGGGGACAGCUAUCCACAAUGCUAGGCUAACAGAAGGAUAGGAGGUGGGGGGACAGCUAUCCACAAUGCUAGGAUAACAGGAGAAGAGUACUGCUUGCCCCAGCGCUAGGCUAACAGGAGAUGACAGCUAGGCUGUAGCCUUAGAGCCAUAGCACUCCAAUAGCCUUAAGUGCUCGGCAACGGCUAGUUUUCUGUUGCUACAGCACAUAACGAGCCAUAGUGCCGAAUGUGCUCAGCUAGUCCUAUCCUUAUGUUAGCCAUAGAGCACCGCUAGCAGGGAAGGACCAUGUACUGUAAAGGUAUUUUUUACAUUUAUUUAAAACAAAACAAAAAUGUAAUUAUCUGGGACCAAAGCGCUACUAUAUGAGUGACUGAAGACUGUAUCUCAGUUCCUCUUGAGUGGCGGCUAUAUAGCUUUCCUAAUAGUGGAUUGAUGCAAGUUCCUCCUGAGCGGCGGCUAUAGGAUUGACUGGUCUGUCUGCAUUGUUGGGAGAGUGUUGUGGAUUCACAGUAGAGAUGAACACUGCCAGAGCCACCACACACACUACCCCCGAUCCCACCUUCCCUAAAUUAUUGACACAUUGAAUAAACACACUGAAAUCUA